AAAAUACGUUGUGUCUAACAAAUGUUUUUACUUCCUGUUUUCGUCUUUUUUGAUGUGUCGUAAAAUGUGGUUGCCGCGGCAACAAGUGUACACAAAAGUGUUCUACGGAGAAGUCCACUUACGACACAACUAGGUUGCAUGUGUUUUGUGUUUUAAACAAACCAACAAAAAAGACAGAAAAGAUGAGGAAAAACAGCUCUACCCUAACCGCCUCCUCCAGAGCGAUGAAGAAUUCCACUUCGGGGAUGCAGCGACACUUCCAGAGCUCCAGAUACACAGGCAGCUUCACGGGGUUACAAAGCCGAAAAGGCUCCCGGAUGAUGUCGGACAGCAGAGCCACGGGAAGGAGCAACGUUCACAGGAAAGCCAUUCGGGUGCUGGAUGAGAACGGCUAUGACGUCACACCUCGGCCACUUCUCCAACCAGAGGUUAGGGACCCGCACUCCAAACCAAUCAGAUACAUUUUCGAUGACCUCUUCUCCAGAUGGGACACGUCGAAAUCGUCGUCAUUCUCCAACGUGGCCUCUUCUGGAUCAUUUAUGUGGAGCAGCAGACCCCCCAGCAUGUCCACCAAGAACUCAAUGACCAUCCACAGUGGAGACAUCGCUUUCAAGUUGGAGAGCAUCCCGCAACCCGAGGCAAAGCGACAAGCGGCCCCUGUGAGUCAACAUAUGCCGGAGGAGACCGCUUCGGACGAAGUGGUCAACAUCUACCUGACUGAGACGGACACCAUCGCACUUCUGGACAUUCUCAGCACCUGCGUGUCGGAGGAGGCUGACGAUGCGCAAGCUAUUAAGGAGAGCAACCUCCUCUACAUCGAGCAGUGCAACACCAAAAUGGGCAACGACAAAUACAUUGCUCGGGCGGUGCAGACGUUCGUCGGAGCGUCGAAAGACAAAAAAAUCCAGAGCGAAAAGAUUUUUAUGCAGGAUGAAGGUAGCAUGGCCACCAUUUGGGAUAUCUAUGACUCGUUCCAAUUCGAAGCUUCUACUAAGACAGAGAAGGCUUCUGACAGCGCCGUGGUGGUCAAAAAGGGUCAAGGGACCAAUGAGGGAGAGAGCUACAGCACCGCCAGCACAGCCAACACAGGAAGGACGGUCAGCACCAGAAGCUCCCUGUUUGCCAUAAAGAUACAAGGCGACGCUUUGAGCGACGAGCUGGACCCUCAGCUGAUCCUGCAGUCCGAGAGCUUCCAGGGUAACCUGUUCAUCAUGGAGCGCUGCAUCGCCGCCAACAUCUUCCAGCCCAAACUGGCGUCUUACAGAGAACUGGCCGUCAUGCAAGACCCCACGUCCGUGAGCCAACCUGACUCUGAGGAGCCCACAGAGGAGAAGGAAGAGGAUGAGUUUGAAGAGGGAAUGAAGGCGGUGGAGGAAGAAAAGAAGGAGGAGGAGGAGAAAGAGGAGGAGAAAGAGGAGGAGGAGAUUGAGGAGGAAGAGAAGGUGGAGGAAGAGGAAGAGAGGCCAGAUCUGGAACAUCUCUGGACCUUUUGCUGUGAGCUCACCAAAGGGCGCAAGAUCACCAGCAUGGCUUGGAACAAGGAGAACCCGGACCUGCUGGCAGUGGGCUAUGGUGACUACAGUAGUUGGAAACCAGGACUGAUCUGCUGCUGGUCCAUAAAAAACCUCAUGUGGCCGGAGCGGGUUUACCACUGUCAUAGUAGCGUCACGGUGCUGGACUUCUCUUCCUGCAACCCUGACAAGCUGGCAGUGGGGAUGUACGACGGCACUGUCGCCAUUUUCAGCGUGCGUAGCCAAGACCAGUCCACCUAUCUGGCCAGCAGCAGGGACUGCACCAAAAAGCACGUCCACCCCGUGUGGCACAUCACCUGGGCCAAACAGGAAAUGAAAUUUUCCGACGAGGACACGGUGGAAUCCGUGGUGUCUGUGUCAGAGGACGGUCACGUCAUCAAGUGGCUCCUGUGCAGCAGCGGUCUGGACGGCAUAGACAUGCUGGAGCUGAGGAGAAUCCAAGAUGGCUUCAAGAAGUCCGAUGGGAACAAAAGAAAGAAAGAAGAUAUUCUGGUGUCCACGGCAACGCCUGGUCUUUGUCUGGAUUUUCAUCCCACGGAUCCGACCAUCUACCUGGCCGGCACGUGUGAAGGCGUCAUCCACAAGUGCUCCGUCUCCAACCAUCAUCACUACCUGGCUAUUUAUCAGAAACACCUGUGCUCUGUGAACUCCGUCGAAUGGUCCCCGUUCAGUCCCGACCUGUUCCUGAGCUGCUCGUCGGACUGGACCAUCCAGCUGUGGAAGGAGGACUGCCUGGCCCCCGUGAUAGGCUUCACCUCCAUCCAGACUCCCGUGCUGUCUGCCAGGUGGUCCCCACUUUGGCCGUCCGUCUUCGCCGCCAUCAACGAGCAACAGCUGGAGAUCUGGGACCUGAACGCAUCUGUGCAAGACCCGGUUAUUGUGCAAGAGGCAGCACCGGGCGUCUGCAUCACCACCCUGCUUUUCGCCAAAGGGACGGACUGCGUCGUGGUCGGAGACACAAGUGGAAAAGUGACCUUCUACAAGAUCAGGAACCUGAGUGUAGGGCCGGGCAAGAAGGUGCCAAAUCUGGAGGAUCUGGUUCACUUUGGCGACUCCACCUCGAGUUGAUAUUUUAUAUGUGACCUAUGCAGCGUGUCGCAACAUUACAACCUGAUGUGAUCCAGAACAAAAACGCCGCCUUUACACAGAUAAUAAUGCUACAUUCAGACAUUUUAAAAAAACAUUCUUAUUUUGUGUCACACCGGGAGCUGUUGUGGCGAUAAACUAGAGGGAGACAAAUAUUUGUACAGUGCAGGAAUGUGCAGGCUGGCUAAUGUGAUUAUUCAUGGAUGACAGCGCUUCCUUUCACUGCAAGCAAGGCAGCUGCUCUGUCUACUCAUCACAAACACACUUGUCCUUGCAUUCCGCAGCUCAACUAUUUCACACCCAGACGCAUGGAAAACAUGUACUUGUACGGUUGAACGCCUUACAGCUCGUCAAAGUUUCAAAAAUGUUUGUUCAUGUUUUACAAAACCCAAAACCAGUGAAGUUGGCACGUUGUGUACAUCCAUCCAUCCAUCCAUCUUCUUCCGCUUAUCCGAGGUCGGGUCGCGGGGGCAGCAGCCUAAGCAGGGAUGCCCAGACUUCCCUCUCCCCAGCCACUUCGUCCAGCUCUUCCCGGGGGAUCCCGAGGCGUUCCCAGGCCAGCCGGGAGACAUAGUCUUCCCAACGUGUCCUGGGUCUUCCCCGUGGCCUCCUACCGGUCGGACGUGCCCUAAACACCUCCUUAGAGAGGCGUUCGGGUGGCAUCCUGACCAGAUGCCCGAACCACCUCAUCUGGCUCCUCUCGAUGUGGAGGAGCAGCGGCUUUACUUUGAGCUCCUCCCGGAUGACAGAGCUUCUCACCCUAUCUCUAAGGGAGAGCCCCGCCACCCAGCGGAGGAAACUCAUUUCGGCCGCUUGUACCCGUGAUCUUGUCCUUUCAGUCACAACCCAAAGCUCAUGACCAUAGGUGAGCAUGGGAAUGUAGAUAGACUGGUAAAUUGAGAGCUUUGCCUUCCGGCUCAGCUCCUUCUUCACCACAACGGAUCGAUACAGCGUCCGCAUUACUGAGGACGCCGCCUCUCUAGGCGCCGACUGGUUAGUGGACAAAGGACUUGGUUAUCCCUGACUAUAUAUAGAGUCAAUUUGUUUUCUGGGAGAUGCUGUAAAGUUGCAGACUUUCAUGUCAUUCCGAGCCGCUACCUUUCUGUGCACUUUUUAGCUGCCAUGGCUGUUGGCCUGAUAGGACUCAGCUUUUUGUAGGCAAAGGUCUUAGAUUUGGUAAUGCUGUGACUUUAGGAUGUAACGAUAAUAACAUUUCACAUCAUGGCUUUUGUGACCAAAGUUAUUACGAUUAAAAUGAGUAUGGUAUUCUUGGAUGUGCUCAAAAGGUAUUUUCACACGCACUGACAUCUUUUUACCAAAUUUUAUUUUUUAAUUGUUAGUGUGUCUUGCAUUUAUAUUUGCUUGUGGUUUCUCUCAUAAAUGAGCAGUGUCACUCGUAUAGAUGUGACCUUCGUGAACGAACAAAGUCUUUUGAAGGGCUCUUUUAAGUGAACAAUUAGAACCGAUUCCCAGUUUUGAGCUGUUCGUUUGGGUUUUGGUUUUUUUAAUGCUCAUGUAGAUACGGCAUUGGCAAUUGCCCACACUACUAGACAAUGAGACAUACUCAUAUAUAUAUAUAUAUAUAUAUAUAUAUAUAUAUAUAUAUAUAUAUAUAUAUAUAUAUAUUGCGCUGUGAAUCUUUGGGUGUCCCACGAUUUGAUUCAAUAUCGAUUCUUGGGGUCACGAUUCGAUUCAAAAUUGUUUUUUUUUCAAUUCAACACGAUUCACGAUUCAAAAACGAUUUUUUUUCCCAAUUCAAAGCGAUUCUCUAUUCAUUCAAUACAUAGGAUUUCAGCAUCUACCCCAGUCUGCUGACAUGCAAGCAGAGUAGUAGAUUUUUGUAAAAAGCUUUUAUAAUUGUAAAGGACAGUGUUUUAUCAACUAAUUGCAAUACUGUAAAUUUGUUUUAACUAUUAAAUGAACCAAAAAAUGA